AUGAGCAGUAUUACAGGACUAGAAGGUGAGCAUUUCCACGUGACAACACGGUUUCUCUCCGCUGAAUUAUUGCCUGAGAGCUUCUAACUUUUGGGCUCGAAACAGGGCGCGUCACGAUUUUAUCGUGUAUUAUCUACAGUAAUACCUCGCAUGAAGCUCUUUUUUCAUUCCAAAGCUCCGAGAGCAACAGUCCAUCACCCCAUACAUCCGUCCAAUUUCCUUCCAAAUCAGCGUACAGUCUGUAAUGACUCUUCUCGAUGCUCUUUGCUCCCGCCGUGCUCCCGUGCUCCCUCUCCAAACAAGGAGCUUAUCCGGUCAUGUCUUUCUCUGCGUCUCUCCAUUCCCCGUUCUCUUUAGCCUAUUUACCCAAUGACCUACGAAUCGUGUUUCGAAUCAAAAAAUGCAGAGGUGUGGCGCCUGUUUGCCCACUUUUCUUCAUCAAUUCUCCGUUACCUACAGUAACUUGGACGAUAUCUAAUCAAACAGAAAUGAGAACGAAACAGUAGUGAUACGAGAAAAAACGAACAGAAUGUUUGCAGUGAGAUCUUUGCGAAUUGGAGUGGAGCCAGUGGAAGUGGAGUUGGAUGAGGACGCCGGAAUAUUGUGGACUUCCCUGCAGACUGCUUUUCCAGGUGAGACCUAAAAAGACGGGAAUGAAAAAGAAAGAGCUGUCGAUUGGCGCCAAACCCUUUUCUAAAUGCUCAAAAAUCAAACUCCAGGAGUGUUCACGUGAAUUCCCUCUGACUCUCGCCCUUUUCUGUCAACUGAUACACAACCGUCUCUUGUGUUAUUUCUGUCGAAACACCCCGACGUAGUCAUCAAACAUGCCACCCAUCCGCUACAUUUCUCUUCUUUUUUGCUGACCUUUUUUCUUUUCCUUUUUCAAUGUAAUCAAAUCAGGGAAAGGUAUGCAAAUAAUCGGGGAGAAGCAUCUUUCUGACGGUCUCCGUCUCUCUGAUUUGUACACUCGCUCGCUGCUUCGAAAUGAUAAUGCUGAUGAAACAGAAAAUGAUAGCAUUAGUGGAAAGGGUGGAGAAGAUAAGAAGAAGAAAAAGAAGAAGAGGAGAGGGAUUCAAUUGCAGGAUGUUCGGAAUGUACUUUCGCGAGACGGGCGAUCCGUGCAAGAAGUCUGUCCGAUUCGACGGCAAGAAGUUUCUGGCGCCCGGCGGAGCAUGGAAUGAUCGAGAAUACUUUGUGACGCUGAGUAGGGAUCACUUCCAAGACGGAUUAAAAGUGAAAUAUUUCAGGUCAGAGAUGCCACGCAGCUGCUGGCAAUCCGGGACACACGGCGUCGUACAGCGACGCGACGAAACAGUUUGAGAAGAGUGUGCAGGCGGUGCAGAAGAUGAUGCUCGCGUCCGGAAUGAAGAUUGGUGAGAGAACUGAGAGGGACCACUUGCAUCGCCUUGUUCAGAUAUGAGCCACUUGACGAAGAAGAGACAUCACACCUCCUCGCGCGACACCGCCUCCUCGACUUCCUCCUCUACUGCCGACCCAAUACAAGCCAUUCAGGAACGUUCCGAACAUUUGAAGAACGCCGGUCGCGAACUGACACCGUUGGAGCAACAGUUUUUGGAUUUGUGCAGAAUUUCGACGGCCAAAGAUCAGAUAAUCGACGCGAACCGGCAAGAAAUCUCGAAGCUGAAUGAAUCAUUGAGAGCGGUGGAAAAGGAUUUGAAGGAGACGGAAGCAAAUCUGGCGGAAGCGAACGGAAUGAUUGAUUGCAAGCAGCAGGAACUGGAGAUGGUUCGCGAGGCGCUGAGCAGAUUGGAAGAGUCGAGACACACGGUGAGUGGAGGAAUCUGGGGGAAGAGAAGGAACGCGGGGAUGUUACAGAUCAGAGAACUCAACCAAAAGUCGGGAAAUCUGGAAGAGAAUGUCACAGAACUGCAGCUCAAAUUGAUGAACUUUGAAGAAGAGUGAGUAGAAUGAAAGUGAUCGGACAAAAAUAUGUAGGAGGGAUUUCAGAAACCAAGGACUGAAGGCACAACUGGAAACAAGUCAGAACAGAAUAAAGGAGAUGGCAGACGCGAUUUCGAUGCUUUCCUCUUCGAAGGAACUGUUGGCAAAGGAAUUGGAUCAGCUGAGACCGUUUGCGGAAGCAGCUGGGAUCGAGGAUUACGAGAACAUUCCCACCUUCAUUCAAGCCAUUCAGGAGAACAAAGAACUGCAGAAGGAGAAUACGAAACUGAAAACGGAAUCGGAAGAAACGCAGGAGAACAACAAUCAGAUGCAGAGCAUUCACUCCGAAGUGUUCGAGGAAAAUGCGAAGCUGAGGAAUAGGUAAAAUAAUAUUGGAAAGGGCAGAAAGACAGGCAAACGAUUCAGAAAUGAAGAUCUGGAGAGACGAUUCGCGCAUGUGGACGAGGAACUGACGUGCGUCAAUGAGAACUGGGCGAAAGAGUUGAAAGAGAAACAACAGGAUUGGGAUAAGAUUGUGAGUUCGGCGGGCAGAUAGAAGACGUUCACGGCGGGUUUCAGAAGUACCAAGCAGAAUCGGAAGUGUUCUCUCUUCGGGAACAACUCGGUCAUCUGCAGGCGAUCCUCGAAGCGGCGACGCGCGAAGCAGCCGAAAAUGCCAGAAGGUCAGCCGAUCCUCUGCUCGAGUACUCUCUUUUCUAGCGGUUUCUCUUGCGUUUCCUCCAUUUUAUUCACUUCAGACACGUCAUCUGGGAUUGGUAGUCUCGUAGAAUACGGUAAUCAAAGCAUAGUAGCAUCCAGUUAUUUUUUCUGAACAUUAACGGUUGUCCAUAACCAGAGAAUCAUCCCUUUUGCUCUGAAAAUGCACAAAUUUUCGUGUCUCUCGACCGUGCCAGGAACGUUCCCGAAGCCAUAUUCCUCCCGAUUUCCCUCCCUUCCCGGUUCCCUCCGUUUAACGGUUUCCCCUCUCGGUUAUGCUCAACUCCUAAUCAGUUUCGAUUUUUAUAGACAUGUAAUAAAUGAUUUUAUGAUAGAGUUUUUGAACUGAGGGAACCAGGAAGGAAGGAAGGAAACGAGAGAGGCAGAUUUCUUGAAUUCAUGCUUUCAGAGUGUCAGAGUUAGAGCACGAACGCCACGAAAUCCGGAGGCUCUCGGACGCAGUUCACAUUAAAACUCAGGUGAGCGGCAGUCCCCGUCUGUCGUCGUCCAUUCGCUUCUAACCGACAGACUGCUUUCUUUCUCAUUUACAUCAUCACUCACUUUCAUAUCACUUUUUGUUGUUGUGCAAUAAAGUAUUUUCUUUGUUCUCGUGUGGUGCUUUCUUUCUGUUUGCAUGGCCUCCGCUUCUAACUCGAUUCCACGUCAUUCGUCUUCUUACAGGAAGAUCUGAGCCGUCAAGUGCGUAUACUGAAGGAGAGACUGGCCGAAUCCGACAGUCAGGUCGCCGAGCUCAACGUGCUCGUCUCCUCGCUGGCCGCAGACGCCACAGCUUCCCGCAGAGAAAUUUCGGAUAUUUUGUAA